AAACGGCCCGACCGUUGUUCUCCUUCAGGAUUGAUUGUAACCGGUUUUGACCAACUAGCCACAGAGGAGUUGGUCCGUCUGCCACUAGUUGGGAAAUAAAGAUUACACUUUGAACAUUUGGAAGAGACUUUGUUUUCUCGAGAACCAUGGACGAGGUGACAGGAGCUCAGCUCAUUGCUGAGUCUCUUAUAAAUCAGAAAGUGGAAUACAUGUUUGGGAUUGUCGGUGUUCCUGUUAUUGAAGUAGCCAUGGCUGCUCAGGCUGCAGGAAUCAAAUACAUUGGCAUGCGCAAUGAACAAGCGGCCUGUUAUGCUGCAUCCGCUGUUGGAUACCUCACUGGAAGGCCUGGUGCCUGCCUAGUGGUGUCAGGACCUGGACUCAUUCAUGCUCUGGGAGGAAUGGCCAACUCCAACAUGAACUGCUGGCCGGUGGUUGUUAUCGGAGGAUCUUCAGAUCGAAGCCAAGAGACAGCAGGGGCCUUUCAAGAAUUUCCACAGGUGGAAGCAUGUCGCCUGUAUAGCAAGUUUUCUGCAAGGCCAAGCAGUCUUGAAGCCAUCCCUUCUGUGAUUGAGAAGGCUGUUCGCACAAGCAUAUAUGGGCGUCCAGGCGCUUGUUAUGUGGACAUUGCAGGGGAUAUGGUGAAUGCCAAAGUGGACCGAAGCAAAGUCAGAUUUGUCCACUGUUGUCCGCCUCCUCCCAUAUGUCUGGCUGACCAUGGUGCAGUGUUGGAGGCCAUCACUGUGUUGAAAUCAGCGAAAAGGCCUUUGGUCAUCAUUGGCAAAGGUGCAGCCUAUGCCCGAGCAGAAUCCGUCCUUAGGGACUUUGUGGAAUCGAGCCAACUACCGUUCCUGCCGACCCCCAUGGGGAAGGGAGUGCUGCCUGAUGAUCACCCCAAAUGUGUGGCAGCUGCGCGCUCACGAGCUCUUCUCCAGACAGACGUUGUGCUUCUUCUUGGAGCCCGACUCAAUUGGAUCCUCCAUUUUGGUCUGCCGCCCAGAUUUGACCCAAAUGUCAAGAUCAUUCAGGUUGACCUUUGCCCUGAGGAGAUGGGAAACAAUGUGAGGCCGGCUGUUGCUCUUCUGGGGGACAUCAAUGCGGUCGUCAAUCAGCUGUCGGAGUGUCUUAUGAAAGAUGGCUGGAAGUACCCUUCUGACACAGAAUGGUGGCGCACCCUAAGGGAGAAAAUGGCCAGUAAUGCAAAAAUAUCAAAUGCACUCGCUCUCCAGUCAGUGAUACCCAUGAACUAUUAUACAGUGUUCCACCACAUCUCACAGCUGCUGCCGCAUGACUGCAUCAUUGUCAGCGAGGGCGCUAACACGAUGGACAUUGGACGCACUAUGUUGAAUAACUACUUACCUCGACAGAGGUUGGAUGCGGGUACAUUUGGAACAAUGGGAGUGGGCCCUGGUUUUGCUAUAGCUGCGGCUGCUGUGGAGAGGAGUGAGAAUAAGGGCCGAAGGAUUGUCUGUGUGGAAGGUGACAGUGCCUUUGGCUUUUCUGGCAUGGAGGUUGAAACCAUGUGCAGGUAUUCCCUACCUAUAAUCGUGAUUGUUGUGAACAACAACGGUAUAUACAGUGGAGUGGACCCUGAGACGUGGAGGGAAAUGGCUAAAAUGGGGGAUCUGACGCGAAUAGCGCCCCCUGUGACCCUCCUGCCUGAGGCUCGCUAUGAUCAGGUGGUGACAGCAUUUGGUGGCCGUGGUUUCCUGGUGAGGACGGUAGAGGAGCUGCGUAACGCUUUGCAGCUCAGUUUGAGUGACUGGGAGAGGCCGAGUCUUCUCAACGUGCUCAUCGACCCUUCCUCAGACAGAAAGCAACAGGAGUUCCCUUGGCUGACCCGUUCCAACUUGUAGAAGGAAAGUGAAUCUUUUUUGUAAUUACAACCAGUGGAAACUUCAACACAUGAUUGUUUCUUAAUGACUGAAGUUUUUUCUAUUAAUUAUAUUUUUUUGCAAGGGUUGGGGGGCGGGGAGGAUUUUCAAGAACUGCCAGGCAACAUCUGCUAACUUUUGUGUGUCAGUGUCAUUUAGCUAAUACAUGCUCAAUAUAUAAUUUCUGCAAAUAUGGUUUAUUUUGAAUUACCAAGCUAACAGCACCACACCAUCCACAAAAAGCAGAGACGUAAUACCAUGGCUACCAAACUGGACCCCCUCAACACCUUGCCUGCGCUGAGAAAUUCUGUUCAUAAAGGUUAUGAACAGAAUUGAUGACAAAGGGCUGCUUUGGCUGAGUCCAAACCUCACUUCAAUCAAAUCCGUGAAGUCACAAAUGAAUCAAGCACAACUUUCAACCUACAUUUUCUCAAAUUUUAUAAUCAUUCUCAAAUUCUUUGAAUAUUUUCCCUAGUUACUGGUUCAUAAAGCAUGAACAUUUUUUUUAAAUGUUGGGAAUCGCAACUGUGCUUAAUUUAGGAUAGCUAUGUCACAAACCUUACAUUGGAUAGGGAGCAUUUGUUAAGCCUUGUAUGUAAUAACAUAUGCCCAUAUUUUGACAAUUCUAAUGCAUUACCUUGUCUAAACCUCUGCCCUUCAGCUGUACUGAUAAAGGUGGUGCCUUAUGCUCACAGAAAAAAAGGUUAUUUAAAGAUGCAAAACAAUGUGUAUGUGUGGGCGUUUUGUUCACUACAUUAUUGUGAUGUAAAAUGAGUUAUUACAAAUCUACAUUUCCUU